AUGGCUUUGGCUGGAAAGGUUGAUCCAAUCUCAGCACUUGACGAAUCCAAAGAAACAUGGAACAUUGUUACCAAAGUUGAGCGUUUGUGGGUGAGCCCAAGUCUCUAUGGAUCAAAGUUACCUUUUUCCACGGAUAUGGUUCUGAUGGAUUCGAAUGGCGACAAGAUUCAUGCUUCUGUUAGUAAGACUUUGAUUUACCGUUUUCAACAUCUGAUAACGGAGGGUAGGGUUUAUAGAAUCUCCUUUUUUGGCGUCGGAGAAAGUGGUCGCGAUUUUAGGACUACCCGUCAUCCCUACAAGAUCAAUUUCCAGAUUCAUACCUCUGUUCGAGUUCUUACAAACACUCAGAUCAACUUAAGCCCUUAUUCCUUCAUGCCUAUUUCAGAGAUUAUGUUGAAUGACCCUGAUGCUUCGUUUCUCAUAGAUGUUAUUGGUAUUUUGACUGGUGCAAAUGGUGAGCAGGAGUUUGAAAAAGAUGGUGUCAAGCAGAAGAAGAUCAUCACCCUUGAGCUUGAACAGGAUGGUGUAAGAAUGGAAUGUGCCUUUUUUGGUGAGAUUUUGGCUCAACUCUCAUAUGGGGAUAUGACUAAUGCUGUGGUGGUUGUUCACUAUGCAAAAAUAAAGCCUUUCAGAGAUAUUGACGAGACUACCAAGAUUCGGGAAAGUUUUUUUGAGAGGAAUGAUCCUGCAUCUCAAGUACUGAGUCAGCUUCAGGAUUCUGGACGGAUUUCUGUGGAAGAGGAUUUAUUGAGGCAAACUGAUGGUAAAACCAUACAGCAAAUUAAAGAUCUUGCUCAGAAAACAUACUGUGUUGUCCUUGGUACUGUCAAGUACAUUCCUGAUGGCAUGGAUUGGUAUUACCCAGCUUGCAAGUGUAGUAAGAAAGUGUUUCCUGCUGAUGGAAUGUAUUUUUGUGAAGCCUGUAAUCGACAUGUUGUCUCACCAUUGUACAAGUUUCGUAUUCAACUACGAGUGAUGGAUUCCAAUGAUAGUGCUACUUUUGUGCUAUUUGAUCAAGAGGCUUCUGCUUUACUGAACAAGAGUUGUGCUGAUUUGGUUGAUGCUUCUAACAAAGCUGGCCCUGAUGCAUCAAAUGUGCCUUCUGAAAUUUUGGAAUUAAUUGACCGGACUUUCCUGUUUAAGAUUGAGGUUGCAAAUAGCUCCAAUUCUAUUUAUGAGCCUUCAUAUCGUGUUAAGAAGAUUUCUUCAGAUGUUGAUCUAAUUACUCAGUUUGAUGGAUCAGAACCAUUUGAAUUUCUUGCUACCCCAACUUCUGAUGUUAAGCAGGAAGCCGUGAACCCCAACAUUUCUAAGGAUCUGAAUGCUGAUUUUGCAGUUGCUGUUGAAGAACCCUUGACUGAGACUCCAACUGGAAAAGUUGUUGAUUUAAGUUAUGAUUCUCAGGACCUUACUCCUUCUGCUGGGUCUUCUACUGAUAGCGGCCAGAAGAUGAAGUCUGUGGGUGAAAAUGUUGUCACUGUUGCUGUUUCUCCGGGGCCUGGUGGUUCAGUUGAAUCUUCUAACUCUGGGAAGAUGAAACUGAAGGUCAAGUUGGAGAACAUGAAUAAGGCUAGAAAUGAGAAACUUAAGACCCUUCAUGCUGUGAUUGUUGCUGCUGUUGUUACUCCAACUGUUAGUGCCGAAAAUGCCAUUGCUGAUGUUGACUCUUCUGCUGAAGCUUCUCCUCCUUCCAAGCGCCCUUCCCCUCCUGAUGUUGAUGUCAAGAGCCAUUCCGCCAAAAACAAGAAGAUUUUCAAAGCUGUUAAGAAGGAGAAGAUUUGA